UCUUUAAAUCAAAACUUGUGUCGCAUAUCAGUGACACGGGAUAUUAAUAGGACCAUAAAAUCUUUCAUAAAAUUAACCAAGGUCAUAAGAUAUUGUAUAAGACUCGAAGCAUUAUGCCAGGUUUUCGUUGGACUGAACUGUAUGCGUGCGUGAAACGCCCCCUUUUCGGAUCACGCAGCCAAAGCGAGACUAAAUUGAGCAGCAUGUUCAUGAGAUCCAUCAUCUGAUCUACAGCAGCAGCAGAGAGCACAUCUGUCUUCAUUCUAUUCCAUUACAUUGAGAGGAGAAUCAACUCUGGAGGUCGAUUUAUGUUAUGAUUUAUAUUGUAAACUAAUAUAAAUCAGUGUUCUCUGAUGACCAAGAACUAAACAAGAACUGAACUGGAGACGCAUUUCAAAGUUCUAAGAGGGAUGAGCCGCAUUUAAUUAGGCUAUGUCACCUCAACGGAACUAAAAGCCUUUUUAAUCUGAUUUUCUGAACUUUUUUUUUUUUUUUUUUUUUUGAGAAUGGAGAACUUGACAGUAUUCAACGAUACUCUGGAAACUUGGACUGACCGCAGUGUCAAAUACAAGGUGAUCAGCGUCCUCAUAGUUUUCCUCAUAUGCGCUCUCGGGAUAGUUGGAAACGUGAUGGUCAUCCUGGUGGUCCUCACUACCAAACAUAUGCGGACCCCGACCAAUGGCUAUCUGGUUAGUUUGGCUGUCGCAGACCUGAUGGUGUUGAUGGCAGCCGGUCUGCCGAGCAUAGCGGACAGUUUGUUCGGUUCGUGGAUUUUUGGGCACGCGGGGUGCUUGUGCAUCACAUACUUCCAGUAUCUAGGAAUCAACGCAUCCUCGUGCUCCAUAACAGCGUUCACUAUAGAGAGAUACAUCGCUAUAUGUCACCCGAUCAAAGCGCAGUUUUUAUGCACACUGUCUCGCGCGAAGAAAAUUAUUUUGGGAGUUUGGGUUUUCACGUCGCUUUACUGCGUAAUGUGGUUUUACUUGUCCGAUAUUCAACAGGUGCUCUACAAAGAUGUGACCAUAAUAACGUGCGCUUACAAAGUGUCCAGAAACCUUUACCUACCCAUAUAUUUUUUCGAUUUUGGCAUCUUUUUUGUCCUGCCACUCACUCUUGCUACUGUCCUGUACGGCCUCAUUGCGAGAAUCUUGUUUCUUAAUCCUCUUCCAUCGGACACCAAGGAGGACAAGAACGGGCAUUACAACUUCUCCAAAGCCCAAAAGUACAAGAUGAAGAACUCCAGCCGCUGCUCCAGCACGACCGCAGCAUCCAGGAGACAGGUAACAAAAAUGCUGGCAGUGGUGGUUGUUCUGUUCGCGGUGCUGUGGAUGCCGUACCGCACUCUGGUGGUGGUGAACUCCUUCCUGCAAGAGGCCUACCUGGACACCUGGUUUCUGCUGUUCUGCCGCACGUGUGUGUACCUCAACAGCGCCAUCAACCCUCUGAUCUACAACGCCAUGUCUCAGAAGUUCCGCGCUGCCUUCCGAAGGCUCUGCCGCUGCGGACCCAAUGCCCAGGCGACCAAAGCAGCCUAUAGUGUGGCUCUAACCUACAGUGUUGCCAAGGAAACGUCAACGGUGGAAAGCACAGGGCAUUUUUCAACCGAGAUUGACGAUUUGACACCGACAGAUGAGCUGUUUCCUGAUAAGAAGCUUCUGUAUCCAGAGGACUCUGACUUUAGGAAGGAGACUUUCUGUCAGGCCUGAAAACUCACAACAGCGACACACCACAAAUCUCAGAACACUACAGAUCUAACAUAGCACUACACACUGAACUGCAGGAACAGCACUUUGAAAGUUUCACUUUAUCUUGGUCUAAAAAAAAGCAUGCUCAAUACAGUCGAAUUCAUCUUCCUGUCUUGUUCACUUGCCAAACAGCUCUUUAGAAUAUAAAAAUGAAACCACCAUUACAUAAGUUGCAUAGUUGCAUUAUCUGCUGGAGUCAUGAUUCUUAAUUAAAAUCACUGCGUACUGCAUAUGUAAUGCAGGGUAAACUGAAGUACAUAUUGAUCUGAAAAUAUCUUCAGGGGUUGCCAUUGUGAUUAAUGAGUGGCCUUUUACCCUGCAGACCCCUGGGAAAAAAACUGAAACUGCUUUAUUCUGCAGUUGGAGUAGUUUCAGGAAUGUUAAAUAAGAGUCAACUUACUUUACAUCCCACUAUAAAGAAAUAUAUAUUCAUAUAUAGAAAUAUAUAUUUAUAUAUUACAUGCUUUCCAUCUACUAAAACUAAAAAUUAAUGCAUAGUUUUUUUUUUUUUUUGUCAAUUUGAUAUGUGAAAGUCAUUGGCAUUCUGAUUGAAAAUUUAGACUAGAAGUUUAUGAGCACCUUUUUAUGUAAACUGAAUGUAAAUAAGCAAAUUAAUGAACAGAUGCAUGAAUAAAAGAUUAAAUAGAUAUUAUAUUUUUACAUCAACAGCAUUUAUGUAAAAUCUGAAGCUGAAUAUAUGAUAUAAUAUGUGAUUUGAUGUGCCAUUAGCUCCACCAGCUGGACAGAGUUGCCAGGUGUGCAAAACAAAACCAUUCUAAUUGCUAAUAAAGCUAUUUUUUUUUUACUGUAAAAUCCUUUGAAAUAAGAUUCUGCGACAAGAGCAAAAGUAGCCCAAACCUUUGGGAAAACCACACACUUGGCAACACUGCAACUAGAAAUGCAUGAAUAAUCAUUGUUUUCUCACACGUCUCCCAAACACUCCCCUUGAUUGCCAAUGGUCAUAUAAAACAAUUAGUCCCGCCCCAAACCUGUGCUAUAGGUUGAGCCAAUGUCGCUAUGUCCUGCAGCAAACCUUCAGAGAAAUGAAAAAAAAAAAAAAAAACAUUGUGUGUAGUGUACUGUCUUACUUAUACUUAAUGACUACUCAGCAUAUAAACCAGGAUAGAAUAAAGAAUUUUAACAUGUAUUCAGCUUUAAAUAUAAUAGUUAUGUCAUUUUUGAGUAUAGCUAAUUUAGAUAACCGAGUAAUUGAAUGUAUUAAAAAAUGUCUAAAAAUACUUCACCAUUGUUCAUUCUCUUGUAUCAUAAAUGGGUAGACAGCAUAUGAUUGUAUUUGUGAACGUCAUACUAGCCCAAUAAGCUAAAUCCCACCACAUGGCUUUGUACAUGGUUAAAUGUCUUGUUUUCUCGGUAUUUAUCACAUCUGUUUAUUAAAUUAUUCUACAUUAAUAUGAUUUAGGUUUUGAAUAUAAUAUAAUAUCUUAGUGUUCUUGAUGUGAAAAAUGGUCUCUGUUUUGUUUUGAUGGCUUGUCAGGUUUGCUGUUCGUUGUCAAUGAAUAGGCUAUUUUAGUGAUAUUUUAGUGAAUAAGCAACUUCAGUUUAAACCGAAGUUUUUAGAAAGUUACAGUCAUACAAAUGUGUUUGACACUUGUCUCUACACACAGAGAUGUUUUAAAGUGUUAAUGUAUAUCAUACUGUAUAUACAUUUUGAGCUCUUUUCUUUAAAUUGUGCUGUAAUUGUUGUCUCAGUUUGCUGAAUGCUUGACAGGUAUACCGUUGAUAUAUUUGAUGUUGAAUCAUGCAAUCAAACACAUUCGUAUCCAUAUUAUAACUAUGAUAUGUAUAUUUGCUAUUUUGCAUUUGUGUUAUUCUCCAGGGGUUAACUUAAGCAGUUAUAUCUACAUCUAUUUUAAAACAUAUUUCUGAAUAAA